AUGACCCUUCCUGACGACAAGACGGUGCGCGAAGCCUCCAAGGUCACCGUUUACGACGCGUCCGGGAAUCCAGUUGAAUUUGGCAGUCUAUUCCGGGGCCAGAAGACGAUCGUAGUGUUUAUCCGGCAUUUCUUUUGCGGAGUAUGUCAAUACGUUGCACAACUCGCCACUGUGCGUAGUGAUGCUCUUGAACAGGCAGGCGUACGUCUCGUCGUGAUUGGAUGUGGAGAUUGGCAGCCGAUCAAGAGCUACUGUGAGAACACUGGAUACAAGGGCGAUCUCUACGCCGACCCCUCGAGGGUACUGCACCAACUCCUAGCUCUCGCAGAGUCGCUUGAGCGCACACCGGCGGGACAGGAGAAGCGCACAUACCUCGGGAAGAGCUUCAUCGGGAAUGUCGUAAAGAGCAUCUGGGAUGGCCCGUUCAAGAAUCCGCAGCUCAUCGGCAAGCAAGGAAACAUCUCGCAGCUGGGCGGUGACUUUAUCUUCGGCCCAGGAGAGACAUGCUCGUUUGCUUCACGCAUGAAGCAUACCGAGGAUCACAUCGACGUGGCGGACCUCAUGCACGAAGCCGGGGUGUCCUACCCCUAA